AUGACAUCUUUAUCUGCAAAAUCCAUUCUUUCUCCCUUCUUCACAAACCCAGAAAAAAUCCCCAACACCAAAUCAAACCCUUUUCACCUAAACCUCAAAAAACACAUCUCCCACAAAAACCCACAAAAAAUUUCAAGCAUUUUCUUCAGUCCCACAUCGAAAAGCCCGAGCCCGAAAGCCCCCCCACUUUCUUGCCUCACAAUAAACCAACCCUUCACGGCACAGCCCUCGAGCGUCUCGCAAAAGGUCCAAAGUUUGGAUUUUGAGUUCAAAUCCCUCACUAAACCCGUCGAUAAGGUCAAGAGAUUGCUGCACUACGCCGCGAUUUUGCCCCCAUUUGACGAGUCUUCAAGAACCCUAGAAAAUCGGGUUUCGGGCUGUACGGCCCGGGCGCAACAGAAGACUUCGCCGCUGCAGACGAGCGGGCUGAAGAUGUCGACGAGGACGCAGCAGUCAUGCUCGAUACUGUAA